AUGAAUGGCAGUUGUGUGGGAAGUCAGGAAAGCAAAGCCGACAGCACAUGGAUUCUUCCCAACUUGCCCAGUAGGUGCACAUGGACAGCUGCAACACCGGCUAGCAAGUCUCCACACUCCUGUAUACCCUUACCAGAAGAAACGAAGAUCUUGCCCAACAUCCUGAAGAAAAUUGGCUGCACCCCGAUGGUCCGAGUCAACAAGAUUGGGAAGGCCUAUGGGCUCAAGUGUGAGCUCUUGGCAAAAUGUGAGUAUUUCAACGCUGGGGGCAGUGUGAAGGAUCGCAUCAGCCUGAGGAUGGUGGAAGACGCAGAGAGAGCUGGGCUUAUAAAGCCGGGAGACACACUGGUUGAACCCACUUCAGGAAACACAGGAAUCGGGCUGGCACUGGUAGCUGCAGUGAAAGGUUACCGCUGCAUCAUUGUUUUGCCGGAGAAUAUGAGCAUGGAGAAGGUCGAUAUUCUGAAGGCACUUGGUGCUGAAAUUGUGAGGACCCCAUGCGCCCGCUUUGAUGCCCCGGAGUCUAACAUACGUGUUGCUUGGAAGCUGAAAAAUGAAAUCCCAAAUUCUCACAUCCUAGACCAGUACCGAAAUCCAAGCAACCCCCUGGCUCACUACGACACCACAGCUGAGGAGAUCCUGGAGCAGUGUGAAGGCAAGGUCCACAUGGUGGUGAUUGGGUCUGGCACAGGAGGUACCGUCACUGGUGUCGCCAGGAAGCUGAAGGAGAAGUGCCCGGAGUGCAAGAUCAUUGGCGUAGAUCCCGACGGCUCCAUCGUCGCUCUGCCCAGUGAGAUGAACAGGACAAACACCACAGCCAGUGAAGUGGAGGGCAUUGGGCACGACUUUAUCCCUACCGUCCUUGACAGAUCAGUGGUUGAUCAGUGGUACAAAUGCAACGACAAAGACUCAUUCCUCAUGUCCCGCAGACUGAUCAGAGAGGAGGGAUUAUUGUGUGGUGGCAGCUCGGGCAGUGCUAUGUCUGUUGCUGUGCAGGCUGCCAAGGAAUUGAAGGAAGGUCAGCGGUGCGUCGUCAUCCUGCCUGACUCUGUCAGGAACUACAUGUCUAAAUUUUUGAAUGAUAAGUGGAUGACAAAAAAUGGUUUCCUAAAUGAUGUACAGGAGCACAAGCCUUGGUGGUGGAACAUCAAGGUGCAGAAACUGAAUCUCUCAGCCCCUCUCAUUCUCCUCCCAGAAGUCAGCUGUCAAAAGGCAAUUGAGAUCCUGCAGGAAAAGGGAUAUGACCAAGCUCCUGUUGUUGCUGAAUCAGGAGUUAUUCUGGGAAUGGUGACCCUCAGCAAUACCCUCACCUCGGUUCUGGCUGGAAAUGCAGAGUUCUCAGACCCCGUUACAAAGGUCAUCUAUGACCAGUUCUCAAAGAUUGGCCUGGAGGACAGCCUCGGGAAGCUUUCCUGCAUCCUGGAGAAUGACCACUUUGCUAUUGUUGUACAUGAGCAAAUGCAGUUCAAUGGAAAUGGCAGUUCCUUCAUGAAGCAGAUGGUGUUUGGUGUGGUCACAGCGAUGGACCUCCUCACCUUUGUCAGCAGAAACGACAAGAAGGAGCAAGGCAGCCUGGCUGCACCUACCCACGCUCUGCUGGCAGGGCCAGCUGCCCCCCCGCAAGCCUGA